GCUUAAACUUUUUUGCCAGACGAUGUGAAAAUGGCGUUAUGAAAGGAAAUAACCUCGAGCAACGGGCAAAUAAAGUUUUCAGAGAAUCGGAAGUCUCAUUGAAAUGCAUGUAAAUAAGGAGCAGUAUGGGGAACACGAGCAGUGAGAGGAGUGGAGCAGCUCAAGGGGAGAAGGCGCAGAGACGAGAGAGCCGCGGCGCUAAAGAUGGAGCUCGACCCAAAAUACUGAUGGACAACGCAGAGGACGGGGACAUUUUUCAAGCAGAUGAUGCAAAGGAGUUUCUAGCCUGGCGACAUGAUCAGGAAUCAGAUUCAAAAGCACCACCAGAGGAAAGGCCCACGGUUUUCCGCUAUAAUGGUCCAGGAAAAGUGAUCUACUUGUCUGGCUCAUUUAAUAACUGGGCCACCAAAAUCCCUUUGAAUAAGAGUCAUAAUAAUUUUGUGGCAAUAAUUGACCUGCCGGAGGGAGAGCACCAGUAUAAGUACUAUGUAGAUGGACAUUGGGCAUUAGAUCCCAAGGAGCCCGUUGUGACCAAUAAGUCAGGCAUUGUGAAUAAUGUAAUUAACGUGAGGAAAACGGACUUUGAGGUAUUCGACGCACUGAAGACAGACUCUGAGAAAUGUGCCGACAUGUCAGACUUGUCCAGCUCCCCUCCUGGACCAUACCACCAGGAUCCCUACUUAACCAAAUCAGAGGACAGAUUGCUCUCUCCACCCAUCCUUCCACCACACCUGCUACAGGUGCUCCUCAACAAAGAUACUGGAAUCUCUUGUGAUCCUACUCUGCUGCCUGAACCAAACCAUGUGAUGCUCAACCACCUAUACGCCCUGUCCAUUAAGGAUGGUGUGAUGGUCCUCAGUGCAACACAUCGCUACAAAAAGAAGUAUGUGACCACACUGCUGUACAAGCCUAUAUGACCAACUCCAGAACAAUUCUCUCUGAUGUCUGUUUGAUACAGUCUUGUACUCAAAAUGUUACCCAUCAAGGAAAGGGACCAUACCUGUCAAAACUCAUGUGUCUGUGUAAGCUUGUGUGUUUCUAAAUGUCAGGCAGGUUGCUGGUGUAAACCAGAAUCAUCUUCCAAGUUUGUCUAAUAAAUGUAAUGCAUUUGCCAAAUGUAAAAAAAGAUUUACAGUAUAUUAUUGCUGAAUUUUUUUAGGCUUUUCAGUAUGUACUAAGCUGCAUUUUUGUUCAAAAAUGUGCCUUGGUUGGAUUUUUCUUAACGUGAAAAUUCCCAUUAGGUUAGUCUGGCUUGAAAAAUCUCUGCAGAUAAAAUGGUGAGAAAAUUAAUAAAUGGACCAAUUGUGCUAAUAAAA